AUGUGGAAGGGCAUCGGCCAGAUCUUCGAACGUCUAUCUCACGACCAGGACGUACGCUGCGUGAUCUUGACCAGCGCAGGCGACCGAGCAUUCUCAGCAGGUCUCGACGUAGCAUCAGCAUCCGAGACUGGAGUUUUGUCAGGAAAUAACGGACUUGAUGCCGCUAGAGUAGCCCAGCGCCUUCGUCACCACAUCGACGAGUUUCAAGCAAGCAUCAGUCAAAUCGAGAAAUGCGAGAAGCCUGUGAUAGCAGUGUUACAUGGCAUCUCCUUCGGCUUAGCACUAGAUAUGACGCUUUGCGCUGAUAUCCGCAUGUGCGUUGGUUCCACCCGAUUUGCAGUCAAGGAAGUCGACAUUGGUCUUGCAGCAGACAUUGGCACCCUCACCCGCCUACCAAAAGCCAAUGUCCCCAUGUCCUUCAUCAAGGAUGUUGCCCUAACGGCCAGAGUAUUCACAGCAAAGGAGGCGCUGGCCGUUGGUAUCGUGUCAGCCAUCUACGACACCAAGACCGAGGCUUUGGGUAAGGCACUGGAGAAGGCAGAGUUGAUUGCUAGCAAGAGUCCAGUCGCCACCAUGGGUACUAAGGAAGUGCUGAACUUCUCAAGAGAUCACUCCGUGGCAGACGGUCUGAGAUAUGUCUCGGUCUGGAACGCAGCAUAUUGCAACACAGCAGAUGUCACCGACUCGUUGACAGCAGGCAUAAAGAAGACGAAGCCUAUCUACGCAAAACUCUGA